ACCUCCCGGCUCCAGGUUCCGGUUUCCGCAUGCGCUCCGAGUCGGUUUGGGCGACGGUCCCUGGAACCCGGAGCGCUAAGGAGAACGGACCUUAGAGGUUGUCUGAAGGCCGAGGCCAAGAUGGCGGCGCUGUCAGCUCCUGGCCUGCGCGGCUUCUGGAUCCUUGGUCUGCGCUCCAGCGUGGGCACAGCUGUGCAGGCACGAGGUGUCCAUCAGAGCGUGGCCACCGAUGGCCCAAGCAGCACCCAGCCUGCCCUGCCAAAGGCCAGAGCCGUGGCUCCCAAACCCAGCAGCCGGGGCGAGUAUGUGGUGGCCAAGCUGGAUGACCUCGUCAACUGGGCCCGCCGGAGUUCUCUGUGGCCCAUGACCUUCGGCCUGGCCUGCUGCGCCGUGGAGAUGAUGCACAUAGCCGCACCCCGCUACGACAUGGACCGCUUCGGCGUGGUCUUCCGCGCCAGCCCGCGCCAGUCCGACGUCAUGAUCGUGGCCGGCACACUCACCAACAAGAUGGCCCCAGCGCUUCGCAAGGUCUACGAUCAGAUGCCGGAGCCGCGCUACGUGAUCUCCAUGGGGAGCUGCGCCAACGGAGGAGGCUACUACCACUACUCCUACUCGGUGGUGAGGGGCUGUGACCGCAUCGUGCCCGUGGACAUCUACAUCCCAGAAACCAAAGACCUGCAGUUAGAAAUACCAAGACAGAAGGCUCUUGGAGGCCAAGACACCGUCCCGCGCCCUCAGCCUUACAGAAGGGCACGCAGGACUCCCUGGGACCCGGGGUGGCCGGAUUUGGCAAAUGCAAACGUGGGAGGCUCAGUUUGUCUGUGAGGUUAGGUUGAGUUUGACCAUCAGGAAAACGAUUAGUAGUAAUUGUUUAGUAUAAAUAUAUCCCAACAAUAGUUGGGCUAUAGUGACACUAAAAAAGAGUAUUGGGCCGGGCGCAGUGGCUCACGCUUGUAAUCCCAGCACUUCGGGAGGCCGAGGCGGGUGGAUCACGAGGUCAGGAGAUGGAGACCACAGUGAAACCCCGUCUCUACUAAAAACACAAAAAAUUAGCCGGGCUUGGUGGCGGGCGCCUGUAGUCCCAGCUACUCGGAGAGGCUGAGGCAGGAGAAUGGCGUGAACCUGGGAGGCGGAGCUUGCAGUGAGCCGAGAUUGCGCCACUGCACUCCAGCCUGGGCGACAGAGCGAGACUCCAUCUCAAAAAAAAAAAAAAAGAGUAUUGGCUGCAUACCUGAAAU